CUGAGGAGCCUGAGGGCCUGCUGGGUCCUGGGCUCCUUGCUGCUUCAGUGAUGCUUGCCCGGCAGCGUCUGGGAACCUGGCCCUGAGGGCGCUGCCCACUGACAUCUGCCUCUUGAUCUGGGCCUGGGCACUGGCGGGAGGCCCCGGACCGGGUGCUGGAGGAGCGCUCCUCGGCAAGGGGACCGGCCCGCGCCGGGACUCCGCUCCCUCAGCCUGGGCCUGGACCCAAGAGGGCGAAACUCGAUCCUUAGGACCUUGAACAAGUAAAAUGAAGGAAGUUUGCUAAUAAAAAUAUCAGCAAAGAUUAGAAGCAUAAUCAUCUAGAGGAAAUGCUGGUAGUAUGGCUCCAUGUAUGUGUUCAAAAAUCUCUACAGCAGAUAGUCUUGUUUUAGGGGCUCUCCAGAUUAUGAUUGGCAUAUUUCAUGUUUUCAUGUGGUAUUUCCUAUUGAUUUUGUAUAUGGGACAAAUUAGAGGAGUCUUUGGGACGUAUGAACCUAUAACUUACAAAACAGGAUGUGCUUUAUGGGGAAUUAUUUUUAUCAUUGCAGGAGGCUCCAUAAUAAGAGCAGUAAGGCAUCCAACUCAAGGCAUGAUUACAUUUGCUUUGAUGAUGAACAUCUUCUGCAUGAUUGUUGCAGUUAUUGCAUCAAUUCUAACAACAAUUGAGUUGUCUUCUUUUAAUUCCGUGUCAUACAGGAAUUAUGGACAAGCAAAACUUGGAAGAGAAGUUUCACGGGUUUUACUGAUAUCUUACCCCUUGGAAUUUUCUAUUGCAUUAACAUACUCAAUCUUUGGCUGUAUUGGUUUGAGUCAUCAUCAUAAUGAAGAUAGUCUCACAGCUGUUACAGAGGAAGCUGAGAGCACUUUUUAAAGACCUUAGAAAUGUGAGCUUUUUCCUGGUGCUCAUACCUGAUGUGGGCCCUAAUGAUAUCUGUAUAACAAGGCUGCUACAAAGCCCACAGAUUUUGUGCAAAAGAAAAUACAAACAAGUUGGGAUUUUUCUUCUUGGUAUUCAAAAAUUUCUCUGCACAUAUUUUUGUAGGCUCCAAGUAGAAAGCUUUUCCCUAUUUAAAUAUAUUAUUACAGGAAAAAUUUAUCUUCUCUCUCUGAACAUGUCAACUCUAACUCUGAAGCUGUCAACUCUCCCUAACAGAGCUUUUGUAAGAGACCAUAAAAAAAGAUUUGUGAUUGUCUUUAGAGUACAGGCAAUAAAGACUUGGAGCACGAUACUAUGUAAUUCUCAGGAAAACUUUAAAUAAUGUAUGCCCCUACAAGAGUACAUUUCAGUAUGAGUUCUUCUACCUGAACUAGCUUCUACCUGAACAAAGUGUGAAUCAAAAGUCAUCCAACUCAUAAUCCCUUCAUUGUUUUUCUUUGACUGCUCCUGUCCUCAUUAAAGUUCCUUUUUGCCCUGAAA